UAUAAAGUCUGUUACUGGGGUUGCUUUGCUUCUACUUGUCUUUAAAGGAAAUCUGGAAAGUCCGAUGGCAUUACACAGGUAAAAUAAAAGAUCCAUGUUCCAGUGCAAGAGGGAGAAGUAAGAAACUGCUCUGCCUAACUGAAGAAGAUAAAAAAAAGACCAGGGAACACCGUGAACAUGGAAUCAGAGAUCUGCAUGCCGGCCCCAGUGUGCCUCAUUGAGAACACUGAAGGGCAACUGGUGGUUAAUCAGGAAGCUUUGGAGAUCCUGUCAGCCACCAAGAAUCCUCUCGUGGUGGUGGCUAUUGUGGGCCUCUACCGCACAGGCAAAUCCUACCUGAUGAACAAGCUGGCUGGGAAGAACAAGGGCUUCUCUCUGGGCUCCACGGUACAAUCUCACACCAAAGGAAUCUGGAUGUGGUGUGUGCCUCAUCCCAAGAAGCCAGACCACACCCUAGUUCUUCUUGACACUGAGGGCCUGGGAGAUGUAGAGAAGGGUGACAACCAGAACGAUUCCUGGAUCUUUGCCCUUGCAAUACUCCUGAGCAGCACGUUUGUGUACAAUAGCAUGGGAACCAUCAACCAGCAGGCCAUGGACCAACUGCACUAUGUGACAGAGCUGUCAGAUCGGAUCAGGGCAAAGUCCUCCCCCAAUUCCAAUGGGGUUGAAGAUUCAGCGGACUUUGUGAGCUUCUUUCCAGAUUUUGUGUGGACACUGAGGGAUUUCUCCUUAGAACUGGAAGCAGAUGGACGACCCAUCACAGCUGAUGAGUACCUGGAGAACUCACUCAAGCUUAAACAAGGUACCACUCAAAAUGAUCAAAAUUUUAAUCUGCCCCGACUCUGUAUCCGGAAGUUCUUCCCGAAGAAGAAAUGCUUCAUCUUUGACCGACCCACUCAUCGGAAGAAGCUAGGCCAGCUUGAGACACUGCAUGAUAAUGAGCUGGAUCCUGAAUUUGUGCAACAAGCUACAGUCUUCUGUUCCUACAUCUUUAGCAAGUCCAAAACUAAAACUCUUUCAGGAGGCAUCAAAGUCAAUGGACCUCGUCUAGAGAAACUGGUGGAGACCUAUGUCGAUGCCAUCAGCCGUGGAGAUCUGCCCUGCAUGGAGAAUGCAGUCCUGGUCUUGGCCCAGAUCGAGAAUGCAGCCGCAGUGCAAAAGGCCAUUGCCCACUAUGACCAGAAGAUGAGCCAGAUGGUGCAGCUGCCCACGGAAACCCUCCAGGAGCUUCUGAACCUGCACAGGGCCUGUGAGAAAGAGGCCAUUGAGCUCUUCAUGAAGAAUUCCUUCAAAGAUGUAGACCAUUUAUGUCAAAAAGACUUAGCGGCCCAGCUGGAAAAAAAACGAGAUGACUUUUGUAAACGGAAUGUGCAAGCAUCAACAGAUCGUUGCUCAGAUUUACUUAAGGAAAUUUUCACUCCUCUUGAAGAUGCUGUGAAGCAGGGGGUUUAUUCUAAACCAGGAGGGUACCGUCUUUUCAUCCAGGAAACACAAGAGCUGAAGAGAAAAUACCUUCAGAUACCUAAUAAGGGGAUACAGGCUGAAGAGGUUCUUCAGGCAUACUUGAAGACCAAGGAGUCUAUGACUGAUGCGAUUCUACAGACAGACCAGACUCUCACGGAAAAGGAAAAGGAGAUUGAAGUGGAACGUGUGAAAGCUGAAUCUGCACAGGCUGCAACAAAAUUAUUGGAGGAAAUGCAAAUAAAGAAUCAGCAGAUGAUGGAACAGAAAGAAAAGAGUCAUCAGGAACAUGUGAAACAGUUAACUGAGAAGAUGGAGAGGGAUAGAGUCCAGUGGCUGGAAGAACAAGAGAAAAUUCUAGCUUUGAAACUUCAGGAACAGGCUCGUCUAUUAAAGGAAGGAUUCCAAAACGAGAGCAAACGACUUCAUACUGAGAUACAAAAUAUCCAGAGGAGCAUGGAAAAGCCAAGGAAAUUUUGUUUAUUAAGCUGAAGACCCAAAGAAUAGAGCUUCCUGGUCAUUCUUACCCAAGGCAUAACUUAAGUAACUUUCAAAUUUGGAAAAGUAUCAUUAAAUUUGCAAGUAAUUAA